AUGGACAAGUCAGCUCAGGACUGGGUAGAUCAGAUCAAGGGAGGCAGAGGGAUGUCUCGACCGGGGGACGACUUGGAUGGUCUUGUGGCCAGCCUUGCCUCUCGAGUACGGGAGUACAAGGUCUUCCUAAGUAAGUCAACCGGAGCAGAGCAAGCUACCAAAGGCAGGUUCCAGCGGGCUCGAGUCAUCAAGGCAGCGCAGCAGAUCAUCUCGGCGGUUCGGCCACCCACAGAUCAGUGGCUUGAGCACGGGCAUCACGCCGUGAUCUUCACGGCCGUGCGGCUGUAUAUCAAAUGGCGGGUAUUCCCGGCUAUUCCCAUCGAUGGACAGGUCGGUAUGGAUGCGUUGGCGGAGAAGACAGGUGUAGAUGUGGCGCUUCUCACUCGAAUUGCAUGGGUCCUUGUGGGAGCGGGUAUUCUAAGUCAGAAGGAAAACCAGCUGGCCCAUACACCACGAUCUGAAGUCUAUGCAACUGUGAAUCCAUUCGCAGCAAUGACUCAGAUGGUGUUUGACGAUCUCCUCACCGGCUUCGUAGCAAUGCCGAAAUACUUUGAGCUUCACGGCCGCAAAGAGCCGACCGACAAGCAACUCUCCAUCACUGCCUUUGCUGAGGGCGCACCAGGCCUCAGCUUCUGGGAGGUUAUGAAUCGAGACCCGGAGCGCAUGAAGAACUUCAUGACCUGCAUGGGGACGAUCGACGCCAUGAUACCCAUCACAGGCUCCUAUCACUUUGGUUGGGUGGGCGAGAGGGCCAAGUCGCCGAAUUGCCCGCGCGACCGCAUGCUCUUGGUAGAUGUUGGCGGAGCUCAGGGGAAAGCUAUCAUGGCUAUCUGCGGCGAGACACCGGGGAUUGAUCGCACUCGAUGCGUUCUGCAGGAUCUGCCCGAGGUAAUCCAGGAAGCACGUUUGCAGAAUUAUCCUGGCCUGGACGGUAUCCGGAUGGUCGAGGCGGACUUCUUCCACGAACAGCCUGUGAAAGGGGCGCUUGUUUACUAUAUCCGACGUUGUGUUCACUGCUACAACGACAACGACUGUGUCACGAUCCUGCGGAACCAAGCCGAGGCCAUGGCUGACGACAGCAGACUGCUCAUUACUGAGAAAAUCAUCGAAGACAUACCACCCGUUGAAGUUGCUAUGAUCGAUUUCUACAUGCUGUGCCUAGGCGGCAAAGAGAGGACCAUCGAGGGUUUCGAAAUGAUAACAUCUCGAGCUGGACUGAAGAUCAUUGGUGUUCAUGGAGGCAAAGGGAUGCCCAUUUCUGUCAUUGAGUGCAUGAAGGUUUGA